GCUAGCCAGGUAUCCAAGCUAACUGAAACAUGACUGUGGUGGUGAAUAGUUUAGUUACGUAGGCAAUGUUGUAUAAAUGGGCAUAGUUUGAAAUUUUGUGAGGUAGCUAGAUGGAUUGUUGGUAAAACACCAGACCCAACUUAUGCCAACGGAACAUCCGUGAAUUUCUGUGCUCUGUGGAAAACGGCUUUCCCACCAUGCUCUCAUGUAGAAUCCUUGUGAUCUAUUCUCCAUGGCUUCUGGUGGCCCUUCACCCCGUGAGGGCCGCAAGAGAAAGAAGAAGAGCGAUGGUAGCUUGAGAGGUAAAAGUGGGAACGAUGAAUCACAGGUUCAGGCAGACAUUGAUACAUUAACAUCAUCUGGGCACAGUGCACUGAAACGAGGGGAUUGUGCUGAAGCCCUGAUCUGCUUCAAGAAGGCCUACAAAGCAGCAGUAGAGAUCAAGGAGACGAAAGUCCAUCGAGCAUGUGCCUUCAACCUGGGUGCUGCUUAUGUGGAGGCUGGCAAGCCCCAGAAGGGUCUAGAAUUCUUGCGAAAAGCCCAGCCAGGUGAGAGGAGGGAACGGGUGGCAGACCUCCAGUACAACCUGGGUGUGGCUCAUGAAGCCUUGGGGGACCAGGCCCAGGCGGCAGGACACUAUCUCCAGGCUGCUCAGCUCUAUCGCUCCCAGGGAGACGGGAGCAGCGAGGGGGACACCUGCAUGAAGCUGGCCCGCUGCCACCUCCGCAUGAAGGACUGUAGUCACGCAGCUCAGGUUUUCCAGAGGGCGGCAGAGAGCUACCGGGUGGCGGGCCGCCUCGACUCUGCAGCCGUGGCCCUGAAGGAGGCCACCACUCACAUGCUCCAGUGUGACAGUUUCUCAUCUGAGGACAUCAUCACCAUGCUGUCUGAGUGCCUGGAGCUCAGUGUGAGCAUCACAGACCAACACAUACUUGGUAAGCUGUACAAUGAGCUUGGCCUGAGUUUCUCUCAGCUGAAGCUGUUUGCAGAGGCAUCUGAGUGCUAUGAGCAGGCCCUGCCCUUAGUGCGGCCCAAACCACGCAGGCUCGCCGUGGUGCUCCAGAACCUGGGCGCGGUCCACAAUACCCUGGGUCAGUACCAACAGGCGCUGGACUUCCACAGAGAGGCAGCAGCCUUACACGGGUCCCAGGGUAGCCGGCGGGCACAGGGCCGGUGCUUCAGUAACUUGGGCUUUGCUCACAGUCAGAUAGGAGAGCUGGAGGAGGCCGGCGAGAGCUACCUUCACGCUCUGCAGGCCUUCAAAGACACAGAGGACCACAUGGGCCAGUGGCAGGCUUGUGAAGGGUUGGGGGAAAUUCGACUUCAGCUUCGAGACCCUGACAAAGCCACAGUUUAUUACAAACAAGCCCUAGGUGUGUUAUCCAAGUGUAAGGAUUCUGACGGCUCGGUGCAGGAGCGGCUUGUCAACAGACUGAGUGAGGCCCUGCAGCUCAGGCUCUCCUUACAACAGAGGGCCCCUGCUGCACGGCGAGCCAAUCAGGACCGCAAUUUCUACAGACAGCCUCGAAGAGUCCCAGACAUGAAUGGUGGUGAGCCUUAUCAGGGCCGUCCACUUAGGAAAAAUCAAUUAAACGACCACAAAGCAGAGAAUGGAUUUCUGGUAGGAGCCGCAGCCUCUUCUUCAGGGGCAGAUGGAGAACAGAGGCCUCAUGGAGAGACAGUGAUGCUGCACACACAGUCAAACUCAAAUCCUGGAGCACCCCACACACAGCAGCCAGACUAUUUGUCUAUGCUUCCAGAGGCCAACAGGCAAGGACACACUUGCGGACAUACACACACU